AUGCUAAUAAAAUAUUUUUUCAUAAUAUUAAAUAUUGUAUUUGGUACAAAAUCCUACAGCAAUAUUUUGUAUACAAUAACUGAUCAGAAGGAUCACAAUUCAAGCGAACUUAAAUGUCUUGAAUAUGAAGAAUCUAGUUACGGUGCAACUCAGGCUUUGAAGAACGAACGUAGUUUGAAACCGUUGGAUAAAACAACAGUAAAUGCAGUAGAAUCAAAUCCGUUAAUCAUCUUCCAAAAAAUUAUACACCAAUUUUUAUUUGGUCCAAAAGCGACAUAUGAAGGAGAAACAGCCAAUAAGAAGAAGAAAGUCUAUGAACAAAACGCGGUACAAGAAUCGAUACCUGACCACUAUCCGACUGGAAAUGUAUUAAGGGCAGAACUUUUCCAAAAUAAGAGUGGUGUCCAUCUACCGAUGUCGGAGUACCUUCACCGUGGUCACUCACGUCUUAAUAUAACCAUGGACUUCAUGCAGACCGCGGUUAACGCUUUCGCUAUUUUCCUCGACGGCAACGAAAAUGACAUUUUGCAAUUGCCGGCUUCGUAUGUCUUGCAUUCUGCCCGAACAAUUUCCAUGAUGAAAAUAGCUCGCGAAAAGUUAGCGGCUACAUGGGCCGUGGUUAAAGGAAAACAGCGAUCUGAUCAAAUCACACACCAAACCCUAGAAUUGUAUCGACCGUUGUUCAAAUAUCUUAGUGGAAAAGAGAUCGCUAAGCUAAAUUUAAGUGACCAACGAAUAUUGACUUACAUCGGAACACACGCCGAGUUAGACAGACACCAGGUGGGUGUGGUAGCAAGUAGAUACAUAAAGUUGAAUAAGGACUGGUGUGAGGCGAGAUAUUUAAAUUUAAUGAACAAUUUGCUUUGCGGAAUUCCAAUAACGUUUAUGCGGCAAAUUCCUGUGAGUACGUACCUGCAGCUAUCGCAUCAGAUAUUUUACCACAUUCAUGCCUGUGAGCCGUUGCAACGGCGUUUUUAUUUGGCUAUGAUGAGAAAAACUCAGGCGCUGGGCAAGCCAUACAGCUGGAAUGCACGUGAUGUAGCGCGCUUGGGACUUCUUCUAGGCGUAGUUGAAGGAAAUGAACUAAGCGCCAUCAAUCCGGAAGCUGUUGCUGGAAUAACUGCACAUGUUAUGCAGAUUAUGGACCCGCAGAAUCUACAGCAUUUUACUGAAACUCAACGCGAAUAUUUGUCACCGAAACCUUUAAAUAUACUUGUCAGGAAGCUUAAGCUUUACGAAGAGCGACUACAAAUUUACGACUCCGCAUUAAAAACAAAGUCUGUCCUUACGUUGCCAGUUAUUUCAUUACAUUUCGUAUUCAGGUAA